AUGCAUCGCUUAGCGAAAUCAAUGAAAAGAAAGUGUAACCGAUCAACUUUGAUGUCAUUGCAUCGUCUAAAAUUAAUAAUCGCUUCAAUGUUAUGCAUUUAUUCGAUAAAUUCACCUAAAUGUUGUGCUUAUUAUCAGUUGGAACCUAAUCAGUUGACAGGGAGGAAUAACAUAAACUCAGAAACGCCGCAUAGAAAGACUUCAGCAACUGAACUAGAUCAUUCCGAAAGUGAUAUACACAACUAUCCAGACUUUAUGAAAAAUGAUGCCAUGGCUGAUAGUCAUUUGAUGAUGUCUUCUCUAAACGAUGUAUUAUUCCACUCGCCGUCAUCAUCAUCUGGAGGUGCAUCAGGAUCACCAUCGUCGGUAUCAUCAUCAUCAUCUCAUGGUGAAGUGGAGACACAUCGGUGUGAACCUAUUACACUGAUAUUAUGUAAAGGCAUGUAUUAUGAAUAUACAAGACUGCCUAAUAUGUUUCAUCAUGAAACGCAGGAAGAGGCUGGCUUAGAAGCUCAUCAAUUUUAUCCAUUGGUUCAAAUCAAUUGUUCGAAAGAUCUUCGCUUUCUAUUAUGUUCAAUUUAUACACCUAUUUGUGUAAAAGGCUAUCCACAUUUUUUACCACCAUGCCGUUCUGUAUGCCAGCGUGUUAAAGCUGGUUGUUCACCAAUUAUGGAACAUUAUGAGUUCCCUUGGCCUGAACGCAUGAACUGUGAACAAUUUCCUGAAUAUAAUAAUCCUGAAGGUAUAUUGUGCAUGGAAAGAAAUUUGACACAAGAAGAAUUGCAGUCGAGUGAAGAACAGAAGAAAGUGACUCAACAGCCGAUAAUUCAGUUAGAAGAAGUAUCAAAAGAUUUAAAACUAAUACCCAGUAUAGAAGUAAUAAGUGCAGAUGACCAACUGAAAACAUCAUCUGAUACUGACAUUCAUACAAAUCAACUCAAUGAAGAUGCAAGUAAUAUACUGUUUGAAAGAGCGAUGAGAAAUGAGGAUAUUAAAAAACUGAAGAGCACAUUUCCUGACUUACGAUUGAAGUGUACAUGUGAAUGUCGACCACCGUUGGUAAAGAUUACUGAUUCGGAUGUGAGUGCCAAUGCCAAGAUAUCAGUAGCUGACAUAAAGGAUUGUACAAUGCCGUGUCAUACACCAUAUUAUUCAACUGAUUCAUCCAAUAACUUCACAACGUUUUGGCUCGCUAUUUGGUCAAUAUUUUGUGCAAUUUCAACAUUGAUAACAAUAUUCACCUUUAUCACAGACUCAUAUCGUUUUCAAUAUCCUGAACUGCCUUUAAUCUAUUUAUCAGCAUGCUACUUUAUGAUAUCAAUUGGUUAUUUAAUACGAGUAUUUAUGGGUCAUCAAGCUGUAGCAUGUGAUAGUUUGUCCAGUGAACAUGGGGAGAUACCGUAUGGACUGGUAAAAACUACUAAGGAUUGGUUUGAUAAACCUGAAUUAUUGAAUAUUGACAAUAUGCAGACAAUAACACCAACAACAUCGGCUAUUGUGACAACAGCUACGAUGACAACCGUAUCAACUACGAUGCCAUCAGCUACAGCGACACUUACCUCUAAUAUUUUCAAAUCUACAGAUAAAUUAAUUCGGUCAAAGUUGUUAAGAUAUGCAUUUACUGGCAGAGCAAGUUGUGCAGCUGUGUUCCUGUUAAUUUACUUUUUUAGUAUGGCAGCUUCAAUCUGGUGGGUUGUUCUUGCACUCACAUGGUUACUUGCUGCUGGUUUAAAAUGGGGUAGUGAAGCAAUAUCUAAGUAUUCUCAGGUUUUCCAUUUCAUUGCAUGGUCAUUACCGGCUAGUCAGACAGCUUUAGCUUUGUUACUGUCAGUCGUAGAAGGUGAUCCAGUCAGUGGUUUAUGCACAAUUCAAUCGAUAUAUUUAUUAAUUGGAAUUAUACUAAUGAUGAUUGGAUUUAUUGCAUUAUUUCGUAUACGUGGAGCUAUCAAACUACAAAGACCAAGAUUAGUUGAAACACAAAAGCUGGAUAGGUUGAUUAUACGCAUAGGUAUAUUUGGAAUGCUGUAUGCUAUACCAAAUCUUGUUAUAUUAUUUUGUAUUGGUUAUGAAUUACGUGAUACGCAUGCGUGGCAGUUAGGCAUUGCAUGUCACUGCCAUUACGAUAUUGGUCGACAAUAUGAAGGAGAUUAUGAGUAUGAGCCUAUUUUACCUGUGGCCCUACCAGCAUGGAAUGCACCAAAGCCAGAAUAUGCUGUAUUCAUGUUGAAACAUUUCAUGAGUUUAGUUAUUGGCAUUACAUCUGGAUUUUGGAUAUGGUCUAAUAAAACAAUUGAAUCCUGGAGAAGAUUUUGUUUUAGUGGGAAAUGCUUAUUUCGAUUUAGUAAACAUAAUAGUGGGAGUGGUUUAUUAGUCAGUCCACAUGGUGUUGACCAAGAUAUAUGCCACAAAAGGCGUGUAGAACGUUGGAUGCAAAUCCCUCCAACUGUUUCAAUGCAGUCUGUUUCAAAGUUGGGAAAUACACGAAAUACUCCGAUGACAAACGUCAUGGAAAAGUAUCCUAAGCUUAUACAGAGUAAUGAACAAUGUAAUACUAUGAACAGUAGUACAGUAAAUCAGCACAAUUCAACUUCAUAUGACGUUGUCAAUAACAACUCAUCAAAUAUAAAUCCUAUGAUCGCUUUUAGCACACCAUCAACUCCAUUCUCUAUGCACCCAUAUGAUGUGCCUAUUCAUGAUAUAAAUUCGCAAAAUCUACAUUAUAAUCCACCAUUUAGUACAUAUUAUUCUAUUGAUGGAAGUACAGUUUCACAGCAGUACGGUGAUUUAAAUCCCUGUCAUAUCAACAGUACCACCUGUACAAGUAAUAAUAAAAAUAAUGUUGCGGAUAAUAAAUUCACGAUUACGCAUACAAAAAGCUUUGCGACGCAAAUAUCUAGUAGUUCAAUUAAUCCUGGACAAUCUACACUAAAUAGCACUUUAAACAGUCCACGAAAGUCUUCACUACCUCAUUUAGUCAAUAAUAACCACAACAAUAAUAAUAAUAAUAAUCAUAGUUCAGUCAGUACAGGUAUUUCAAGUAGUGGAAUAGGUAGUGGAAAACUAAACGAUGAUUUGACGAGAACAGCGUCAAUUUUAACUGGUUCUGAAAAUAAUUAUAAUCCUAUUUUGCCUGAAUUAUCCAAUCAUUUUAAUGGGGAACAGAGGGAUUCUGAUAUCACUGGAACACCAACGUUACCAACAGUAAAUGCGGCAAUACCUACACAAUAUGAUUUUACGAAUGAUAACAAGGCAAGGUGGAAUAAUCACCGUAUGGGUGGUAAACAUUUCGAUAUCAGUUUAUCUAACGAAUAUCACAAGAAAAAUACUCCUCCUCCUCUUCCUACUACUACUACUACUAUUACGACUACCACUACUACUACUACUGCUACUACUACUACCACUGAAACCGGAAAUUGUCAUAAUCGUCUAUUGUUUAUGGAUUAUUAA